GGCAGGGACUGCGAGCUUGUAUUCUGACCAACAUCAUGCUUCCGGGUUGCGCGGAGGAACUGGCUGGCAACGAACCCAGUAACGGCCAAGCAGAAGAGCCGGUUGCGGCGGCGAUUUCUGUGCUACGAACUACGGAAGAAGCGUCCACAGUGGUUGAGAUAUGGAUGCAAUGAGAGAUGUGAGAAAUAACGUCUCAAGUGGAUCUCUAAAUCAACGUUGGCCACCUGGAAGCAACUUCUACUUUAACGAAACGAUAGGCUAUUGAUUUUUCAUUUGGAGCAUUAUUAGCUACAUUGAAUACAAGGUGGAUUCAGUUUUGCCGCUCUUAAGCAAUUGGCUGUGAAGGUUGAGAAUCCGUGGAGGGGCGUCUUUCUAUCUGUCGUGGUGUCACUGAAAACAUUUCAAGGCAAUAUUUCCUUGCAAUUUUGCAUCAUCUCUCACGAGCUUUCCCAGGUCCCGCCGCAGUCAUGCGUGUGCUCCUGGAUCUGCCGCUUCCUCCUCCGUCAUCGUCUGGACGCCACCGGACGGGGUGGUUUGUUCAGCUGGCAGCUUGCGUCUGUCUUGGAGGACAUCAAUGGCAGCUGACGUGCGAGUCGUGAAACAAGAGACAUCCCAAUGCGGUAAAUGAUUACUUCCCUCCCAUCGUCGUUGGGCUUCUACAGGCUUGUGAUUAGUGAUUUUAGGUGGUGGGCCAUCAGGUGUGUGAUGGUGAUGGAAUAGUAGGGUUGAAGUAGAGGUGACGGCAAAGCCGGGAUACAAAACAAAAUGAAUGUGAUCAGUUUCCCCGAAUAAACUGAUUUCAUUUAUUCGUUCUACCUUAAUUCCUUAAAGAUUUUUUCUAUCGUGUCAUAAUACUUAAUACCACGUUCUGUGAGGAGCAGGCAGAAGCGGGAGCGCAAGUG